AUGGGCUUCCCUAUGUAUAAAGAAGUAGACGACAUUAUUACUCUCAAUGGUAUCAUUAAGGAAUUAGAUUCCAAAAGUUAUUUCAGAGUCUCUGUCGAUAAAGAUGAAGAUGUUUAUGAUUUUAAAAUGAAAAUACUAGAAGAGCAAUCAGUGCAGAUCACCAGAGAUAGUACAAAGCUUAACGAUAUUAAAGAUGAGUCUGCAUCUAUCAAAAGUAUUUUGGUAGGAAAAGAAGCUAGAUCAAUAGAUAAAAUUACAUUUCAUUUUCAAAAUUUAGAUGAAAAUCAU